AAAUAAAUAUUUUUGUUUGUUUUUGUUUUUCUUUAUACGCAGAUGGGUAUAAGCCUACCGAUGCUGAUCGCCAACACCGCGUCAUUAGACACGUGGAAUACGGUCGGACAGUUUUCGCCACCAAUAAGCUCUGAUCGAAAUCAAUUACGUGUUCCCUUACCUAUGUCCUUCCCGAGUUCACAAAGUGAACUGAACGCUUCAAGCAGCGCAACACGCAGCCUUUUCGGCGGCAGCAGUAACAGCGACAUGACUGCCAGUCCACAGAAACCAAUGGAUACGUCCGAUAUUGAGGAGAGAGAAGAGAUGUUGACAAAACGAGAGCGCGCUACACCAUCGAGCGUGCACAAUGCCAGUGCCGGAGGUGACAGUGGAGCGGUUGGUGGUAGUUCCGCUGGUGGUGGUGCAGCGUCAGGCAGCAACAACUCUGGCAGUGGACUUGCGAGAAACAGAAGUAGCGUCGGAGGUGGAGGUGCUGUCGAGCGAAUCGAAGGAGGUUCUAGUCCCAUACCAAACACAAAUACAAUGGAAAUGCACGAAAAGCGUCGACGAACUACUCACGAUCAAGAAGAAUUAGACAUUAAACGAGAAUUGGUGGACUACUUUCACGCGCCUCAUCCUCCCGCCCCACCCGAUUCGCACCGAUCGUACAGUUCCACCGACGAUAAUCGCUUAGGCGGUGUAGAUCCGGAUGAUUUUGCUCAAGACUUACGCGUUAGCGCCGCUGCUGCUAAAGGCUUAGACUUUAGUCAGUUUGUAUUGCCGCGCAACCUACGACGCUCCUCUGAAUCUAUUGAUGAGAAGUUCGCUCCGCUAAAUAUGCGUAAACUAAAUUCCGCUUCGACGAGUGCCGCGAGUGCGGGUCAAAUGCUUAUGAAUUCAUUAUUAUCCAAUGAGAGUUUGUCAGAAGAGACCGGCACUACCGCGAGUGGGCGUAUAAAGAGCGGAUCCCAAGAGGCAUCCACAUCUGCCGCAGCUGCAGCGGCUGCCCUCUACGCUGAAAGUCUCAACAAGGACGACUGCGACUUUAUCGGAUCAAAUGUCACGCUGAAGCUGAGAUCGAUGGAUCGCACCCAACGAAUCAUAGCCGAGAAAUUGAUAAGUGAAGUACUUUUCUAUGGACAGUUUAACGAGCUGGAACGCAGCGCACAUAUCCAACCCAAGUGACAACCGCUAUUAAAGCUUCGCAAAGGUUUCUAAACCUAACGGCAGCACACAUCUACAUAUGUACAUAUGUGUGUAUGCAUAUUAGGGCGGGCCAAUUUAUAUGGAUAGAUUUUGUUUUCGACAUCGUUCCUAGCAAAUGCGGAUUGCUUAUAAAAUUCUAA